GGAUCUCAGGGACUAGUUCAUCACCUCCGAAUACUCCUGUGACAGGAGGCGCUUGCAAAACCCGCCUCCAGCCCCUAGCAGCUAUAAAUAAAAGGCUCCCAGCCCAGAAGCCAGGAGAAGUUUCUAGGCCUGCGUCCCGGGGUUUAUUAAGCUCCUUGGCUCCACUCAAGACCUCGGCGGCUCUGGCGGCGAGCCUAGGCGGCCUGGGAGGGCAGUGGCUGGCUGAUCGCUGGUGAGGCCGCGUGGAGAGGGGCGCUCUGGGAUUCUGCAGGACCAGCCCGGGUCGCCUCUGGAGGCUGGAGUGGUUUUGGGGGUUGGGACCUCAGCCUGCUGUGUGCCUCCACCCUUGGCAGUGGAUGGUGCAGCGACUUUUGAAGCUGAAGGAUACGCUUGGAAGGCUAGCCCACCCACAUCACCUUGCUGUGUGACCUUGGGCAGGUGGCUCCCUCUCUCUGAGCCUCCGCGUGAGCUCCAGCUCAGCAUCUACCAUGGGUGAUGGUCAAAUGCCCUUUCCCUGCCACUACCCAAGCCGCCUGCGUCGAGACCCCUUCCGAGACGCGCCCCUGUCCUCCCGCUUGCUGGAUGAUGGCUUUGGCAUGGACCCCUUCCCUGACGACCUGACCGCCUCUUGGCCCGACUGGGCCCUGCCUCGACUCUCCUCCGCCUGGCCAGGCUCCCUGAGGCCAGGCACAGUGCCCCGGGUGCCCACCGCCACUGGCAGGUUUGGAAUACCUGCUGACGGCAGGAGCCCCCCACCCUUCCCUGGGGAGCCCUGGAAAGUGUGUGUCAAUGUGCACAGCUUCAAGCCGGAGGAGCUGAUGGUGAAGACCAAGGACAGAUACGUGGAGGUGUCUGGCAAACACGAGGAGAAGCAGCAAGAAGGUGGCAUCGUGUCCAAGAACUUCACCAAGAAAAUCCAGCUUCCUGCAGAGGUGGAUCCUGCAACAGUAUUUGCGUCGCUUUCCCCAGAGGGCCUGCUGAUCAUCGAAGCUCCCCAGGUGCCCCCCUACUCGACAUUUGGAGAGAACAGCUUCAACAGCGAGCUUCCCCAAGACGGCCAGGAAGUCACCUGUACUUGAGACCCCAGUCUUGACCCAUCCUUGUCACCCCCCGCAACCCUCAGGGCUUCUCUGAUUCCAGGGUACAUUAUACAUUAUUUUAGCUGAACUCAUAGAUUAGUGCGAUUAAAAUGUUGGGGGUCCAGGUAAUUGUCCAGUCUCUGGAUAGUGUAGUACUAGGUUUUUGCAUCAGAGGGCGCAAUAGGCAAGUCACACUGGGUGGCGUUAGGCCAAAAUGCUGGGAGUUCUUCUUUACCUUUUCUAUCUUGAUAAAAAUGUACAUUCAGUAGUUGCAAAGCAUAUAAAAGGGGACAUAGCAUGUCACAUUGUAUCUUACCUUGCAACUAAUGCAAGAAUUGCUUUUCUCUGGGGACCGCGCAUCACCCAGAUUCCUAUCCUGGGCUCCUAAUGUCCAUGCCUGCCCCUGGUUGAUUGAUGGAGCCCAUGAUCUCACCCCACUGUGGCCUACAAAGGGUGAUGGGCAGGUCUUACAUCCCCAAAUGGGAUUUAUCCAACAGUCACAUGAAAACAAAUAGUGCCUUCUGCCCUCCUCCUAGGCAUCCAUAGCACGUUCCCAAGCUGACAAUCCGAGGACUCUGGAAGCCCCUCAGUUUAUCCUGGCUAAAGUCCUCCUUUCUUGUGUCUCCUAUGUCCUCGUCGGGAUUUUUACAGAGGGGGCUGUCUCCAGACAGCUCCACCAGGACCCAAGCAAAGGCCAGACAGCCUGGCAGGCAGGAGAGUGCUAUUGUGCAUAUGGGUGGACGUGUGUCAUUGUUAUUUGAAUUGUGCUGUUCUUUAGGGAAAAAUAACAGUAAAUAAUAAUAAUUAAAAAAAUAAUAAUAAUAAUA